AUGAAUACUGCGGCUGCCGAUAUGCGCCCAGAGUCAGCAGCCAUCCAGCCAAGGCAUAAAAAACGUGCCGCCGUGAUCGGCCUUGGUAUGGUUGGUAUUUCUUUCAUCGAAAAGCUUUUGAAGUACGACUUGGAUAGUGGACGCGACGAAUGGGAGGUUACUGUCUUUGGCGAGGAGCCGUAUGUCGCCUAUAACCGUGUUGGCCUUACGCAGUACUUCACGAAUCGCUCAACUGAAAGUCUAUACCUCAACCCUCUGGAGUGGUAUUCAUCACAUUCCAAAGGGAAGCUUACAUAUCAUACUUCGGAUCUUGUUAUCACGAUUGAUUCUCACGCAAAAUGUCUCAAAACGGCCAGCGGGCAACAGUUCCACUAUGAUGAGUGUAUCCUAGCUACAGGUUCUGAUGCUGCCUUACCGCCCUAUAUCUCACCGCAACAAUUCAAAAACGCUAGAGGUUGUUUUGUGUACCGAACAAUAAAAGACCUCGACAAUAUUAUCGACUAUGCCGUCAGUGCCCCCGCCGUUAUUGGGCGCCGCAUUCGCAAGGCAGCUGUAAUUGGUGGUGGCCUUCUCGGCUUAGAAGCUGCCAAGGCUCUUCUAGAUCUUGAAGAAGUCGAUCAAGUGGUCUUAGUGGAGAGAAAUCGUUGGGUGCUUAGUCGACAACUUGACCAGGAAGGCGGUUCGCUGGUACUGGAGAAGAUUAAAUCUCUCGGCGUUGAGGUUUUGAUCCAGGCCCGAGUUCAAAACCUCCUAUGGGACAGCGAGAAAAGGCUCUCUGGCCUACUUCUUCAAGGGCAAGAUGGGUCACCGGACCAACAAUACGACGUCGACAUGGUUGUGUUUGCCGUCGGAAUUAAACCUCGAGAUGAUCUCGCCAAAGGCACUUCCAUAGACACAGCCAACCACAAUGGCGGUUUCAUUGUCGACAACCAGCUUCGUACAAACUUGCCCCAUAUAUACGCUAUUGGAGAGUGUGCCAAUUUCCUUGGAGAAACAUUUGGUCUGAUAGCUCCUGGUAUCGAAAUGGCCGAUAUUCUCGCCUUCAAUCUGACGGAAGGGCCUUAUCACAGCAAGAGGGAGAUGAAGUCUCCCAACAUCAGUACAAAGCUCAAGCUUAUGGGUGUGGAUGUUGCCUCAUUUGGUGAUUUCUUUGCAGACCAAGGCAAGAUCAGCAAACCACUACCAGGAGCUACCGGCGCCCAUGCGGCUCGCAAGGCUCAGACAACACCUCCCACGCCAGAGGACAUAAAGAAAAAGGUCAAAGCACUCAUUUACCGAGAUCCAUUCUCAGAUGUCUACAAGAAAUACAUUUUCACCGCAGAUGGCAAAUACAUCUUGGGAGGCAUGAUGGUUGGCGAGGUCAAAGACUACGUCAAGCUCGUUGCCCUGUGCAAUGCAAGCAAGCCCAUCGAGAAGCCCCCAGCCGAGUUUAUCAUUGGAGCUGCAAAAGAGGGCGAAGAAGAAGGCGAUGAUUUGCCUCAUGAUACUCAAGUCUGCAGCUGUCAUAAUGUCAGUAAGGGGGACAUUGUGGAGUGUGUAAAGUCCGGCGGUAUUCGCUCUUUUGGAGAGAUGAAAUCUUCGACAAAGUGCGGCAUGGGCUGCGGAGGCUGUGUGCCCUUGGCCACUAGCAUUUUCAACCGAGCACUCAAAGACGCUGGUGUCGAAAUCUCCAACCACAUUUGUAAGGACUUCGCUUACUCGCGCCAAGAAUUAUACCAAAUCGCCAAGUUCAGAAAACUCAAGGAUUUCGUGGCAGUGAUGCGUGCCGCUGGCAAGAAGUCCGAUAGUCUUGGCUGCGAAGUUUGCAGGCCAGCGAUCGGCUCCAUCUUGAGCUCUUUGUACAACGAGAACAUUAUGAAGCCUUCGCUGCGCCAAACGCAAGACACAAAUGAUCGCUAUCUUGCCAAUGUGCAGCGGGAUGGGAGUUAUUCUGUUGUUCCACGUCUUCCUGCGGGUGAAAUCACUCCAAUGGGGCUCAAGGUUAUUGGAGAAGUUGCAGACAAGUAUGGACUUUACACAAAGAUCACAGGCGGCCAACGUAUCGACAUGUUUGGCGCCAAGAAACAGGACCUCCCACAAAUCUGGGAGUUGCUUAUCAAUGCCGGCUUUGAGAGCGGCCAUGCCUAUGGUAAGGCACUACGCACAGUCAAAUCCUGUGUCGGCAAUACAUGGUGUCGAUUCGGGGUGGGCGACUCAGUUGGUCUUGCGGUGGAAAUCGAGAACCGGUAUAAGGGCCUUCGAGCUCCCCACAAAUUCAAGGGCGGUGUAUCUGGAUGUGUAAGAGAAUGUGCCGAGGCCCAAGGCAAGGAUUUUGGUCUCAUCGCCACGCCCAAAGGCUGGAAUGUCUUUGUGGGAGGAAACGGAGGCGCAAAGCCUCGCCAUGCUGAACUGCUUGCCGAGGAUGUAACACGACGGCAAGCGAUCAAGAUCUUGGACCGAUUUCUUAUGUUCUACAUCCAAUCAGCAGACAAACUCGAGCGAACAGCUCGCUGGAUUGAGAGAUACCCGGGCGGUCUCAAAGGCAUCAAGGAGGUCAUCGUUGACGACAGACUUGGCAUAUGCGCCGACCUAGAAAAGGAGAUGGAGGUACUCGUUGGCCUUUAUCAUUGUGAAUGGACGAAUGUUGUCAAUAAUCCGGAUCGUCGGAAAGAUUUCAAGCAGUUUGCCAAUACAGACGAGACGCAGACGUCAUCAGAACACAUCAUGGAGCGGGCCCAAAAGCGUCCCGCAGAUUGGCCUGAAGACAGCUCUCCACUUCACUUCAGCUUGCUAGAUAUCGCAAAAGAUGCGAAGUGGGCAUGGCGAUCUGUCUGCAAACUUUCAGAACUGAACCGCCAGAGUGAUGCACCGACAUCGGUCGCUGUCAAAUACGGUGAAGUUCAGUUGGCUGUGUGGAACAUUCCGGGUCGUGGCUUGCGCGCAUCACAAAACAUGUGCCCGCAUAAGAAGGCUUUUGUGCUAGCAGAUGGCUUAGUAGGCGAAGAUGAAAAAGGCAGAGAAUAUGUGUCUUGUCCACUACAUAAGCGGAAUUUCCUGCUGAACCCCAACGCGGCUGAAGGCGGCGGGAGCUGCUCAGACGUCGACUACUCAAUCAUGACUUUUGAGGUCAAGGCAGAUGAGACUAACAACGAGAUACUCAUCUACCUUCCUCCUACAGAAGCACUUGACGCCGUACUGUCAACAACAAAAUGGAUGUUACGGAAAGCAGAUGAAGAGCUGAAAGCGUUGGCAAAGGAUGCAGAGCCAGCAAUAGAGAUUGCAGAACCACUACCUCCUAGCAAGAUGAGAGGCCAGCCGCCACACUUGGCUUCUCGUCAGACAUGUGGAGGCAGCGGUGCACUUGACUGGUAG